CUGCAUUGUUACCCGCAAGCUUCCCUGAGCUCUGCCAUUGUCCAUUUCCCUCUCCACCCACCCUCGUCUCACCUGCGCGCGCACCACACAUUUUCUUCCCAAUCCCGCCGUGCUCCGUUUCUAACCCACCCGUUGUGUGUAGGGAGCCGCCAAGAUGUCGCAGGAACUGGUGGACAAGCUGAAAAGCACCGUCGACAAGCUCGAGGCGCGUGUCGAGGAGCUGGAGAGCCGAUUAAAGGGCGAGGUGUCCGGCGGCCAGGGCGGUGGGAAGAGUGAGAGCAUACGCAUGAUCUUGAUGGGUCCGCCGGGAGCCGGCAAGGGCACGCAAGCCCCGUGGAUCAAGGAGAAGUACUCAUGCUGCCAUCUCGCCACCGGCGACAUGCUGCGUGCUCAAGUCGCCGCCAAGACGCAGUUGGGUCGUGAGGCGAAGAAGAUUAUGGAUCAGGGCGGGCUCGUGUCGGACGAUAUCAUGGUGGAGAUGAUCAAGAGCGAGCUGGACAGCAACAAGGAAUGCAAGAAUGGCUUCAUCCUCGACGGCUUCCCCCGGACCACAGCGCAAGCGGAGAAGCUCGACGAAAUGCUGCAGGCCAAAUCGCAGAACCUCAAACACGCCAUCGAGCUGCAGAUUAAGGAUGAUCUCCUCGUCGCGCGCAUCACCGGCCGCCUCAUCCACCCCUCCUCCGGCCGCACCUACCACAAGCAAUUCAACCCCCCCAAGAAGGACAUGACCGACGACGUCACCGGCGAGCCCCUCAUCCAGCGAUCCGACGAUAACGAGGACGCGUUGAAGAAGCGCCUGGUGACGUACCACAAGCAGACGGCACCGGUCAGCGACUACUACCGCAAGACGGGCAUCUGGAGCGGCGUGGAUGCGAGCAAGCAGCCGGGCGAGGUGUGGAAGAGCUUGCUGGGCAUUUUCGAGCAGGACCAGAAGAGCGGCGGCAGUUUGAUGAGCCGGAUAGGCCUGCGAUCCUCCUAGGCGGCCCUGAGCGGCUGUCACGCCGUCCCUCCGCAGAUCCGCGCAUGGCUUGCGAGGGGACGGAGAGGUCUAUGAUCAUUUCCGGCGUCGCUCGGGCUUGGAUACUGUGGACUGGUGAUGGCUACGGGAUCCGCGCUGCAAACUGCCUUCGGGGCGCAAGGAAAAGAAGUGUAGUUACAUGAGCGGAAAAGGGGGCAAAAGCGUAAUGUAUCAUACGCAUCGGUUUGGUGUGCUCCAGCUAACCCACUCCUAAUUUCACCUCCUUCAAACCUGAUGCUGUUCCUUCCGUCCUAUGCGGGCUUCGUUUGACUUGCGCCUUCCUUCUCAACCG